ACCGAAGAUAAGAAGUUUAGUACUUCAACACACCAUGAGUGCACACUGCGUACAGCUAUCCUCUAUACUCUCUCUACUCACCAUCUCGACGUCCAUUUCAACACCAUUUCAAAAUGAUCAUCAAUCGCGGAAUUUCCUUCGACCCUCAUGUCUACACAAUCGCCGACCUGCAGAAGGCCGGCUCGAAGAAUAUGGAGAAGUCACACAGAGAAUUUGUUAAUGAAGGAGCCAUGGACUUAAUCACGCUACGAGACAACGAGGAAGCCUACAACCGCUAUAAAAUUAGGGCUCGAGUCAUGAAAGAUGUCACCAAUAUAGACAUGUCCACGACCAUAUGGGGCAAGAAUGUUGCUUUUCCAUUCGGUUUCUCCCCUGCAGCUUUCCACAAAUUGGCCCACCCGGAUGGUGAGGUUGGAACGUCUCGUGCAACGGCCGAGUUGAAUGUACCAAUGGUAUUGUCGAACUACGCCAACUGUUCCCUGGAAGACGUGGUUGCACAGCGUAAACAGAACCCCUACGGCAUGCAGUUGACGUUGGUCAGGGAUCGGGACAUUACUCUGAAGACCAUCAAACGCGCCGAAAAAGCAGGAUAUGAUGCCAUCGUUCUCUCUAUAGAUGGACCCGUGCUGGGAAUGCGUCUCAAUGAGUAUCGCAACUCAUUUGACCUCCCCGACAGCAUGACCUGUCCAAAUCUCGAGGCCGACGAUUCCGACACUAUGGAAGGAGGCAGUCGGAGAUUGGAAUACGAGGACAACCUCGACUGGGCGAAUGUGAUUCCAUGGAUGAAGGCGAACACCAAGCUUGAGAUCUGGAUGAAGGGCGUACAUACUCCGGAAGACGUUGCCCUUGCUAUUCAGCAUGGCCUCGAUGGAGUCAUCAUCUCCAACACCGGCGGUCGACAGCUGGAUGGAGUUCCUGCCACACUGGAUUCUUUGCGAGAUUGCGCUCCCGUGGCUAAAGGAAAGAUCAAAAUCGCUGUCGACGGAGGCAUCCGUCGAGGUAGUGACGUUUUCAAGGCCAUUGCGCUCGGGGCGGAUUUCUGUUUUGCUGGGCGUAUUCCCUUUUGGGGGCUGGCGUACAAGGGUCAGGAAGGCGUCGAACUCGCCCUGAAGAUCCUGAUGAACGAGUUGAGAGUGACGAUGGCGCUGGCAGGCUGUAAGAGCGUAAGCCAGAUCAACAGGGGCCACCUCGCCAUUCUAGGACUUGACGGAGCCCUGGCGAAGCUGUAGAAAGAAUAACAAUUUGACUGGU